AUGGGUAAAGAAAAGGGUAAAAAGAAGGUUACAAAGACUAAAAAGGCUAAGAAGCUACUUCUACCCAAGGCGGAGAGGGCCGAGGACGAAUUAGAUGGCCAAUUUCUGAAUUUAAUCGACCUUUUAGCGAUAGGAUUUAGUAAUAACAAUAAGGAGGAGGAGGCAAUUAAUAAGGAUAAAGAAGAGGAAGCGGUUAAUAAAAAUAAAGAGGAUGAGAGAGAAGGAGAUUCAUUUAAUCCAUUUGCUUCCUCCGAUAAAGACGAACCUCCUGCCCAUAGUCUGGAAUUGAUGUACAUUAAUUUGUAUAGAGAUUUCUAUGGACCCGCCGAUAACGCUAUUCUUAUCGACUUUAGCUACGAUACGAUAGAGUAUAAUACGAUAUUCCCCUUAAGGUCUAUUUUAAUAAUUAAUGGCUGGGACGAAAAUGAUAACGAUUUGAAGUACUUAUUCGAUUUAAUCCGUAAUAGUAUUUCUAGUGUUACUAACGAAGCUAAGAACGACGUUUUCGAUGAGUAUCAAACCCUCAAGCAAGCUUCCUUUACUUCCCUAGAAUCUUUCUUUAUGCGCUACUAA